AUGGGACGAGUGCUCGAGAUGACAAGUGGUGGUGGUGGAAUGGAGAGUUGUUUGUGGCGCCAAGCCAAGGAUCUGAAUCUAAUUCGAGCUCUCCAUUCCUCCAUCGGCCUUGCUACCAUUGGUCCCCCAGAUGACCCUAUUGAUACCGGUAGUACCAGGUCUACCUCACUCAUCACUACUAACGGAAAGAGCAUACCUAGUGUUUGCUUUCUCGCAAAGGCGAGGAAACCAUGUCUUCCCAAUGCGCCACUGCUCAUGUGCCACAUCACUCAUGCACCUAGGAGGAAAUCGAAUGCACUAGAAGCAUGUCCCGUUGGGCCGAAUCUAUAUCUUGCCUCCACUGAAAAUUGCAAUCCUGGAACCGCGAGUUCAUGUUGGGAAACCGUAGCUGGGGCCAUCGCGCUGAAAAUUGCGAUUUUUAUAGGCUCGAUCAGUCUGGCGACCGAAAACGAGAUACCAAGUAAUAGCGGUUUCCAAGAACGGUCGAAAGAAGUCGUCCACAAACAACACGAGACCUUAUGCUCCCCACAUGAGUUCGGAGCCGUCUUUCUGCAGCCAGGACUAUCCAUCAGCGGGUACAAUUUUUUGAGGUUGGCUAAUUUGAUUAGUUGCAGGAAUACUGGCAGCGGCUGUGAUCGUCGUCAAGGUUAUCGAAAUCUGAACGACGGAACACCGAUCCUAGACGCGGACCUAUCCUACCCAUUGCCUACACCUAUAAAUACAACAACUGAUGCUUUCGAACGCAAAGGAAUGGCUCCAGCUGCUGCGGCGUUGGCCGAGGUCGAAAAAUUGAUUAAUGACGAGGCACAAGCAUUAAAUCCUGAUCAAAAGAAACGAAAAAACCGAGUCCGACAUAUCCUAAACAACGUCAACAAGGCGAUGGGUGUACUGGAACGAGUGGCCGAUGUGCACCCUGCUACUCAACGAACGGUUCCGGUAACUGACUCGGAUCCGCAGGGCCUUCUCAAACUGGAGAUGGACCGUCGAGAAAAUAGUGAGCACAUUGUGGUACUAUAUCACCCAAUGGCUCGAAUGCUCGCUGUGCUGUCGCAUUUAGAGCAAAUGGUCCUCGACGGUGACGACCCUGUCACACAACAGCUCGCGGACGUUCUCGGCCAAGUGACCUCUCCGAGUAGGCUCGCACAUCUCUUGACCGGUUUCGAUGCUGACCUUCCUGUAGUCUUUACUACAACAAGUGUAAACAGCCCAUCGCACCGCAAAGAGAUUCAAGAGAUCCUUGUUAUUAAAAAUGAGUUGAGAGGGAAGAUGAUGACCGAUGAAAUUGAGCAGUUGCGCAUCAAUACCGAAAAGAUUAUCGCGCGACUCGGGGAACCUUCCUCAGACCAAGAGAUCAAGGCAUUGGAAAUUAUCCGCCAAUAUGGGAAGGACUACGUUCUUCACGACAAAGUCAAGCUAGAAGAAGUCUCAGCCCUGGUCGGAGGUGGGAAGGUGUCUGGACACACACAGGCCCUUCUCGACACGAGCAUCGACUCACUGCUCGCCAGUAAUAUGGACCAGUUCCAUCGAAAACUAGAGAGCAGCAUGAGUCAAAUCACCGAUUCUAUCAACAAGUCUCGAGAUGCCAUCCUGAAAAAGGCAAGUCUCCUAUUACUCCAGUU